GAGACCUGUUGAUCAUGACAGCUUGAGACUCGUCUCCCGCGGUUAUUUUCCGACAAAUGGCGACCCCGACGUGAUACAGACCGGGGAACUUUGGCUGCCACGAACGGAGACUGCGUUGGGUUCGGGUCCCGCAGCUAGACGGACGGCGAAAGAGUGAAAUAUUGGACUCCGCGCCUUGGGCGACCACAGCGGUGGGCUCAACCGAUACGUGCUGCCGAAGCUUGGGGGGCUGCAACAGCGCUGACGUAGGUAAGGAUGGACAGGCAAGCAGCAUAUGAUUUAUUCACUGCCUUUCUGAGAAAGAGGCAAUUCCGGGGAGUAGACUUAGAGAAGGAGCUCCCUGCCCUGCUGAGUCAUGCAGUAUCACACGGGUUUUUCGCUAACCCUCACUUAGUACACACGCUAGAUGAGUGGCGACGGUAUGGGGAUAAGCUUUGGGAGUUGGUGUUGGAAGAUGACAAGGUAGCAAAAAGGAUGAGUAAGUUGUGGAAGGCAGUGCAUAACGAGUUGUUGAUGGGUCAGGCGGAGAAGAGGGCUGCGCAGGGAGCGCAGGCAGCUCAAGAAAAGAACAAAGAUUAUGGGUUGAUCUGGGAUAACACUCCAAACCCCCCCUCCUUUCGCAUGGUUAUGCUACCCGCUGCUCCCCCCGCAUCCGCAAAUGGAGUGCAGGCUCAGUCAACCGCAGAGCCUGUGGAGGCACCCCCGCGUCGGGUUUUAGGGCCAUCAGCAUUAGAUGGUUCCGGGUCGGUUCCCGGUGCCGAGUCUGACCUUGCGGAGGCUAUAGCCAGGGAGAGACGGGAGUUGUGGACCACAUUAGCAAAACAUGGGAUGGAGGACGGAGAUAAUGAGCUUGUGCAGGCAGUGACUGAAAAUCUUGCGUUCCCAGUUGUCUAUACUCCCACGCAGCAGGGCGGGUUACAAGGAGAAAUUCGAACUUUAGAUUGGAAAAUGCUGUCCCAACUACGGGCUACAGUGGGGACAUAUGGGGUAACCAGUGAGCCGGCUAGACAGAUGAUGGAAUAUUUAUUCAGUGCGCAUAUACUACUCCCGGCCGAUAUUAGAGGCAUAGCUAGAUUAAUUUACACCCCCCAUCAACUAAUAUUGUUUAACGCACACUGGCAGCAGGAAGCUGCAAUAUCGGCAGCAGUGCAGAGGGGUCCGGGAGACCCUCUGGCAGGCAUAACAAUAGAACAGUUGAUGGGUCUCGGGGCAUGGACUCGGAUAGAGGCACAGGCAAUUUCGGGACCUGAUGUUUCCCGAGAAAUAAUGGCUGUAGCCAGACGGGCUAUGGACAAGAUAAAGGCUCCUGGAGGUACACCUAUUUACAUGGGGAUACGACAGGGGCGGGAAGAGCCGUUGGGUGAUUUUGUGGAUAAGGUUAUGGAUGCAAUUAAAAAGGCUAGCGUACCAGAGUACAUGCAGGGGGCAUUGCUUAAGCAGUGUGUGCUUCAGAAUGGGAACUCGAAUACUCGGUCCCUUGUCAAUACCCUGCCUGGGGAUUGGUCGAUCCCGGAGUUGCUGGAAAAGGCUGCUACGGUCCCCUCGGGGACCCAGGCUUUCCUAGUGAAUGCCCUGCAGAAGAUUGGGGAUGGGUUACGGGAGCAGGCCAGAGCAUUGCAGGAACAAUCAAGGUCAGCUCAGACCCAGGUGUUAGCAGCCCUUGCGCCCCUCCAAGCUACCGUCUCCACUGGCCCCCACCCACGCGGCAACCCCCGCAUGAAGUGCUUUCGCUGUGGGAAUGUCGGACACAUCCGCCGUGAAUGCCAAGCAGAUGGGGUCUGGUGCGGCAAGUGUCAAUCGAACACCCACAAUGCCAACGCCUGCCGCCGAAAGUCGGGAAACGCGAGGAGCAGCGCGAACAGCAGCCGCGCCCGGACACAAGUAGCAGCUGCAACAUCGAACGCCCCCGGCAGCAACAACCCCAGCCUGCCACAAGCGGGAGCCUCGGCUUGGACGUAGCAGCCUCAAUAGACAUUACCAUCUUAUCUAAUCAACCCCACCGAAUUGCUACCGGACUGUUUGGCCCUGUUAUGAUAAAUGGACAAGCGGUGGGAGGGCUGCUGCUCGGAAGAUCAUCAGCCAGCAUGUUAGGACUAUUUGUCUUGCCCGGGGUCAUAGAUGCGGACUACCAAGGAGAAAUUAUGGUUAUGGUGCAUACCCCUUACCCGCCAAUAAGGAUUAACAAGGGGCAACGGAUAGCUCAGCUAGUUCCGCUGCCGCAACUAACGAAAGGGAUGAUACCCCUAAAGCAGGAACCGAGAGAGCAAAAAGGAUUCGGUUCGACUGGGGGACUAACUCUGCUCACUAUUGACCUGUCAGAUCGCCCAAAGAAACCAUGCACAUUGUACUACCGAAAUCAGAGCAUUAUUCUGACAGGAUUAUUGGACACGGGCGCAGAUACAUCGAUCAUUACCCCAGGAGAAUGGCCGUCGGAAUGGCCACUUCAAUCGUCCACUACCACAGUGACCGGGGUUGGAGGAGUGACGUUAGCAAGCCGGACUCCCAUGCUCGCGGUAGAAAUAGACGGCCGAAGAGCCACAGCUGUGUUUUCACUAGCCCUGCUUCCGCCCACAGUAUCCUGCCUUAUAGGUAGAGACGUGUUGGCUCAAUUAGGCCUUGUCCUUACCAAUGAACACCCUUUAGGAUAACGGCCAUUGCUUGGACUUUCCCGCUGCCACUUACAUGGACUACGAACAACCCGGUUGUGGUUAAGCAACUGGCCACAUUACGUGCCUUGACUAGUCAGCUGCGAGAGGAGCGGGACCUCGGUUUUGAUGCAUGGCUCAAAGGGUUGGGCCUUGGGCCCUGGCUGCGAAACCUCGUCGAGUACGCCUCAAUAAUCAUUAGCAUUGUUUUGUUAGCAUUGCUUCUGCUACCCUGUAUUCUUCAAUGUCUGCAGGGAAUGAUUGCCAGACUGAUCUCCAGUAGCUUUGCCGGUUUUGUUGCCCAGAAAGAAAACGGGGGAAGUGUGGAGAACCUGUACACAGAGUGGCUACGUGACAAGGGCCACGAUGGAAUGCCACUCGUGAAACAAUAAAAGAAAGUAUGUAACUAGAGGCAAGGACGGCUACUCGGGUAGAUGGAAUACAGGAUGCAUAUCUACAGCAAUGAAGAAACAGUAACCACAAGGCUAACCACAAAGGUCAAGAUGAAGUAAUGCAUAAUCCGCCAAUCCUGAGCUAUGCUUUUGCAAUAUGUAUAAGCUCAUUACCUACUGUAUAAAUACAAUACCAAUGUGCCUAAUAAAUGAGACCUGUUGAUCAUGACAGCUUGAGACUCGUCUCCCGCGGUUAUUUUCCGACAUCUGAGUGCAGACAGGCUGCAGUGCGCAGGAGCGAGUUAGGAACUGCUGUCUGCCGUCCCCAUAGCACUGCUGGACCUGGGUGAGGUGGUCCCUGAAGAUCAGCUCUGAGCAGCUGGAGCGCUGCCAGAGAUGUGGAGCAUCCCCAGCCUAUUUCGCAGCGCUGGGGAAGGAGCCUCAAUUAAAUAUUGACUUUCCCGCUGCCAGAUGUCACCCUCUUGGCAGAAGACAGACAAGCUGUUUUCGGCAGUGUGCUUAGCUUUGAGCCUUGAGGUUUUAAAGCACCUGUCCUGCUGUCCUGCAUCUCCUCAAAAGCCAUUUGUGGGGCACAGAGCACGAAACCACAGCUUUGUUUUAGAGAGGAUUUGAUAUCAAGGAAAGGGAAUUGGAGACUCAGUCUCAAGCUUGCUGUCUUAUAUGCAGUGAAUGGUACAGAUGCUUUUUGUAUUUCCUUCAGUUUCUGUUGCAUCCAGCCCUGCAAUACUGGUCCCAAGAUGGUCAUGUGUGGGGAAUGGAUUGGCAAACAGCGCUGCUGUGGCCAAGCUCCUUCUCAUUUUAGCUCAUUUUCUUCCCUGCCUCCCAGCGCAGUGGCAGCUUGAUUUCUAGCUUGUGUAGAUUGCUUUGGACAAUACUGGGAGCCUGGAGCAAGGUGGUGAGGGUUCCAGCUAAAGCUGGAGUGUUGGGAUGUCUCCUGUGAGCUGUGUGACAGUCUGGGUGUUGUGCCUGCUGUGUUUGUCCCUGACACGACCUGCAGUGAGCCCUUGUCUUCCUCUUCCCCUGGGACUUCCCCAGUGCCUGUCUGGCAUGCAUCUAUCAUGUGUUCUUGUCAUUCUGGAAGCCUUUCCACUGGCUAUCAAUUAGACCACUCCCGAAGCAUAAGGGUUGAAAAGUUUACUAGACUAAUCCAUUAAGCAGAAAAUUGAUCGCUCAGACUGUAGCACGGCUGUACCUCAAGUGAGUGAGAGUAGUAUUUUUUUUAUAUUUAGUACUGUGAAAUGGAGCAUGUGAUGGGUGAGCUUGUGUGGUAGGAAGUGAUGCUAAGCCACAGUUAGUUGUGAAAAGCUGUAUUUUAGGGUGUGUAGUGAUGUUCACGUCAAGCUGAAAUACUGUGAGGCUCUCGUGUGUCAGUAAAAUAAAUGGUUUAGCUUGUUCUACUUAAUGCUCUGGGGGAGUAUAAGUAAGGAGCCUAGAGAUGGCCUUAUCCAAGUACGUUGAUAGUUAGGAAAACUGAACACCAACGAUGUUAUUUUAAUGCAGUAGAUGGGGACAGAACUAUGUUAUUUAUGAAUAUGAGAAUAUUGCUUGGAAAUCUUGAGGCUUGAGAUCAGUAAUCUGAAGGUGUUUCCUAGGUAGAUUGUGAAAAAGCAAAUAUAAAUUGCCUAUAAUGUCACCCAGAGGUGAAAAGUGGUAUCUUCUGUCCAAAACCAGGUAUCAGAAAAGGGAUACUCAAGUUCUUCUAGGACAUAGAAAUCCUUAAAAGCUUUCCCACUUGAUGUGAAAUCAUUUCCAGACAAGGUUUCUUGACCCUUCUCUUUGUCUUCCUGUGCUGUUGGAGCAGUCGCUGUUUUAUGGCUGUCUGAUUCAUGUGACAGUAAUAUCUCUGUCAGCUAACCAUUUCAUUUAAUUGAUUGUCCUAGUCUGACUUGGAGUGAGAGCAAAUGUCUCUUAACAGGAUUUAUUCAGCUCAAGCAGCAUUAAAAGUCAUUCAAGGGCAUAUCAAUCAUAAAAUCUCAGAGCACUUAUUAAUGUAAUGGAAACUUCAGUGGUAAUAUUACUUCAAAGGUAGAUGCAUUAACUGCAUUAUAUUUAAACAAAAUAACAAUGAAAAAGCAAAGCCAAAGAGAUCCCUGCAUAGACCUGCUGCUUUUGUGACUGAAUUCUUCCCAGCUUAUUGCGUGCACAGUUAUGGGGUUCUUUCUUGUUUUCUUAAUAAGAUUAAGAGUAGUGCAGAAUUAUUUAAGCCCCGUAUUUUGAGCAUAAGCAAUGAGCAGCAGUGGCAGAAGCCAUGACAAGGACUUGGGGUACUCUAUCCGCUAACCUGGAAGUCUUGGAUAGGGAGCAGAAUAAACCAUCCACGGUUCAAGUGGAAACAGUUGGAGACCUGCUACUCCAUUUGAGUGCCACAAGUCCAUGGUGUUGGAUGAGAUCCACCCAAGGAUGCUGAGGGAGCUGGUGGAGGUGAUUACCCAGCCACUUUCCAUCAUCUGUCAGCAUUCCUGGUCAACUGGAGGGAUUCCAGAGGAUUAGAGGCUUGCCAGCGUGACGCCCAUUUACAAGAAGGGUCAUAAGGAGGAUACGGGGAGCUACACACCUGACACCCUGGCGUUGGUACCAGGAAAGGUUAUGGAGCAGAUCGUUUUGAGGGAGAUCACACGGCAUGUGUGGGACAACCAGAGGAUCAGGCCUAGCCAGCAUGAGUUCAUGAAAGGCAGGUCCUGCUUGACCACCUUGGUCUCCUUCUAUGAUUGAGUGACCCGCCUGGUGGAUGAGGGAAAGGCUGUUGAUGUAGUCUACCUAGACUUCAGCAAAGCCUGUGACACUAUCUCCUGCAGUAUUCUUCUGGAGAAACUGGCAGCCUGUGGCUUGGACAGAUACUCUUUGCUGGGUAAAGAACUGGCUGGUGAUCUGGGCCCGGAGAGUGGUGGUGAAUGGAAUUAAACUCAGCUGAUGACCGCUCAUGAGUGGUAUUCCCCAGGGGUUGGUAUUGGGGUCUGUCUCCUGUCCAUUAUCUAUAUUGAUGACCUGGAUGAGGGCAUUGAGUGCACCCUCAGUAAGUUUGCAGAUGACACCAAGUUGGCUGGAAGUGUCAGUCUUCCAGGGGGUAGCGAGGCCCUACAGAGGGAUCUGGACAGGCUGGAUCACUGGGCUGAGGCCAGCGUGAUGAAGUUCAACAAGACCAAGUGCUGGGUCCUGUGCUUUGGCCACAACAACCCCAGGCAAUGCUACAGGCUUGGGGCAGAGUUCUCUACAACUACCUGAAGGGAGACUGUGAUGAGGUGAGGGUUCGGCCUCCCCAUUCUUGGAAAGAGUGGUCAGAUGCUGGAACAGGCUGCCAGUGGGGGUCUUGAAGUCACUGACCCUGGAGGCAUUCAAGAAACAGUUGUUGUACUGAGGGAUAUGAUUUAGUGGGAAGUAUUGGUGAUAGGUGGACAGUUGGACUGGGUGAUCUUGGAGGUCUUUUCCAGUCUUGAUGAUUCUGUGACUCUUUGCCAGUAAAAACUGUUGCUCCAAAGCAGGCUGGAAGCACUACAGGAAUUUGUGCGGCCUGGCUGCGUGUGCUGUGUACUAUACGGGCAGGCAGCAGCCAAAGCCUUGCUGGAGUGAGGUGCUUCAAGCAGUCCAUGUUUGCAUGGGUAGCUCAUAAAAUCCUGGACUUGUUGCAAAGAGAACAGCACAAAUUAGUGUUCUCUAAGGAGGGUCAUCCAGUUAUAUCCAGUGAUAGUGAAUGGCUGUGUAGAAGUACAGAGGCAGUGCAGGCAAUCUCUUGGCGCAGUGUUAGUGUUGCUGUGUUAUCUCUUACAUCUGGGUGGUGGGGCUCACUGGUACUCUGUGCUGGGUGAGAAAUGUAAAUUAGCAAUACGGGCUUGUCUUCUGUAUAGGCUCUUUGGUAUGACCACGCUGUAUAACUGGCUCUGUGUCUGUUGCCUGUCCUUGUGUACCUAGUGGAAAGGCUGGUUCCUGGAGGGUUUGUGGCAGAAAGCAUUACAGGGCUGAAGAUGUGAUUUGACUGCUUGGUGAAGGGAAUCAUUAGAUCUGGUGUGUGUUCCUAUAUCCUGAGAGAUUCUGGAGCAUGUGUAAAACAUAUAUGUGGGAUAUAUUGUACUUCAGCUGCUGGCUAGGAUGGUUUUACAAUUUCCUGGGCACUUAACGCUAUCGCCUCAGACAAAAUGAUAGCAGAAAUGUUAAUAGAAUUUCUAUACAGCUUGUUGCUUGCUGUUACUGAUGUUAUAGGCAUUGACCAGGGCAGCCAGCCUGGUCUGGUGGGUUGGCGACCGUGCACAUAGCAGGGGGUCUGAAACUCGAUGAUCAUUGUGGUCCUUUUCAACCCAGGCCAUUCUAUGAACUUGAAGCUUUAUGCAGUAAAAAUAACUGGAUUUCACUUGUUGGAUUUCAGAAGUUUAAAUCUUAAGUUUGGUUAGGUAAACCCUCUGAAGGGAGUAGAAAACAGGUGAAUACAAUAACUUUAUGAUUUCCCUUAUUUGUUUUGAUAGUUUUAUGUCAAGUACUGUCAGCUGUACUGUGAUACAUCGUUAUCUGUUUUAAGCCAGCUCUGGAGGAAGAUAGGGUAAUGCAAUAAGGGGAUUAGACAGAGAAGAUGAAAGGUAUAAAAAAAAAAAAAAACCCUGGUAGAGGCUCUGUUAUGGAUGCCAUUGAGCUCUGUGUGUAACAGCAGUGUUCAAGUGAUGCUUCUAUUAAGACCCAUCAAAUGUGCAGUGAGGUUGCAAGGGAUGACGAUACCUAAACGUUGCCUACUGUGUCUCCUACUGAAUGUUCUCAUAGCAGCUUUUGUCUGGACCAAGGAUGUUUGCUAGGAGACUAUGACAAGAAGAACUGGGGGAUGCUGAACAAAGUGUAAGUUAGGCCCUUUAUGUAAAUACAGGCUGCUGCUUCCAGAACCAGGCUGAACUAGGCUGGUCAGGUACCUUCUGCCUACGUACUCCAAACUGAAAUCAAAGUAGUCUGCUGUUGUACAUGUCCCGUACUUACAUCAGUCACAUCACUUUCCUGCACACUGGGGAGAUGUGGAAGUUCCAGGUGUUCUAUGAAACUUCUGUCCAUGCCUCUGUUUAGAAAAUAGGAGAGAAUUCUACUGAAUUAUGUCAGCUGAUGGGUGUUAGCGAACCCAUCUGACGAGGUGGAGGCCUUUGUUUCCCCCAGUGCAUGGCACCAGUGUUCCCAUCCUUUCUCAUAGGCUGUGACUUUGUACAGCCAUCAUCUUCAUGUGGAUGAUAACACCUCCCAGCACAUAGCUGCCUGCCACAGUACAGCGUGCACUUGCAAAUGCACUGAGCUGGCUGGCUGCUCGCACAGGGCCAGGCUGUGUGAGGGAGCUGUGCUCGCUGUGAGCAUACUGAAAUGAUGCUCUAGAUGCUGUGGGAUCCCACCAAACCGGGUCUCUAUGGCUGGGGUCUGAGCUGUGGAUGUGGAGUCUCUCUGUUUCUAAUACGAAGCUCAGAACUGAUAUGCUCACUUGUUGCUAUGCUUGCCAAAGUACGUUUGGUAGACUUCUCCUAACCCUUGUUGUUUGCAUACACCUGUGCACUGCUUGAUUGCACAGGUGCUUCAGGUACUGUCACCCGUUGUGCUUCUUUCCUUCUUAGUGUGGAGUUUACAUCUUUGCACUGUGCAAAAUCCAGGUGUGAGCUUGGUAAAUACAUAGUGGGAGUCAGUCCAUACCCCAAGCGCUGAAAAAGUGUUUGCUGGUGCUACUAAGAAGCAACACUGGAGAUGGUGCUUUUCUGGUGACGAUCUUUUCAACUUACUUACUACGUGAUUCAGCUUAACUUGUGGUCAGACACGAUAGUGUGAGGUUGGCACUGAACUUUUCGUGGAGUUCUUUUUGGAAGCAGAAGCGUUGGUGUGUAGCUGGAAGAGGACUUAAGAGCCCAUGAGAUCAGAGCUGUCUUCUGAGAGAGCUGGGAAUCAUUCCAAUCAAACUCACUUUAGUAAAGCUUUUAAUUAGAUUGAGAAAUAACAGACUCAAACUUUGUUUAAAACAGUCCUGUUCUGCACUGUGGCCUCUUUUCUUCCUAACCACUUAACUGUCAUCGAGCUGCAGCUCAACAGUAUCUUCCUGAAGCUUUUUCCUGUUUCAGUCUCUGAACAGGGAUUGGAGUCUCUGGAGAAUGGCCGCAGAGCUGGAAUCACCAGCUGAAGUGAAAUAACUAAAUACAAAUUCCUCCUGGCAGUAUUCUGACUUGAUCUUAUUUGGAAAUGUUUCUGCUUUCAGUUUGGUCCGAUGUCUCCAAAGGCGAUGCAGUGCCCUACCUGAUGGCUGAUCUGGGGGUGCUGCUGCUGUGGGCCUGGACUAUUCCUGUAGAUUGGAAAUGCUUCUCACCUUUUAUUGCUGGAGUGGGCAGGGCUGCUGAGAACUGACUCUAUACCCGAGGUCGGAGAGGAUGCUGCUGCUACAGUUGGCAUGUCAGAAACUCUCUCAGAAGAAGAACAGAAUGAGCUAAGAAAAGAGCUUGCCAAGGUGGAAGAGGAAAUCCAGACACUCUCACAAGUGCUAGCUGCCAAAGAGAAGCAUCUAGCAGAAAUCAAGAGAAAGCUGGGAAUUAACUCUUUACAGGAACUAAAGCAGAAUAUCACCAAAAGCUGGCAAGAUGUUACGUCAACUGCAGCGUACAAGAAAACAUCAGAAACCCUGUCUCAGGCAGGUCAGAAGGCUUCUGCUGCAUUUUCCUCUGUUGGUUCAGUCAUAACCAAGAAGUUUGAAGAUGUCAAACUACAGGCAUUUUCACAUUCCUUUAGUAUACGCUCCAUACAACAUUCAAUUAGCAUGCCUAUUAUGAGAAAUUCUUCUACUUUCAAAUCUUUUGAGGAAAAAGUUGAAACCUUAAAGUCUAAAGUCGGAGGAAGCAAACCUGCCAGCGGAGACUUUGGAGAAGUUCUGAACUCAGCUGCCAAUGCCAGUGCCACAGAAACGAUUGCAGAAGAGACACAGGAGGAGACCCACUGAGAUCCCUGCCUCUGUCCUGCUACCCACUGCCAGAUGCUGCAAGCAAGAACCAAGCACACUUGUAACAUUCUUUGUGCUCUUUCCACCAGAUGUGCUUUUAUUUAGCACGUAGCUGUUUUGCCAGAUUAACUGAUUCCAAGCUUGUUGUGGGUUCAGAUUAUUUUUGAAACUAAAAUAUGUUGGUUGUUUGGGGUUUUGUGUGGGGAGGGGAAUUUUUAUGCCUUUCAAGCAUUUAAAGGACAUAUCCCUUAUUUGAAGGCAACCUUUAAAAUAUAGCAAUGAAAAACUCUUUGGAGAAGUUAAUUAUACUGUACAUACAUGUGGAUACAUAAUUCUUUUUGAAUCUGUAACUACUGUUCAACUUAAUCAUUUUGAAUCUACCGCUGCUGCCAAACUGAACCUCGCUACUUCACUCCCUUGUCAUUAUUUCAGUUAAGUGUUGCCUGCAUGGGACACCAGACUUAAGAGGGGCACUGCCAGCUUAAAGAAAGGCCUUUGGCAGGCUUUAAACAAGUUACUUGUAUCAGGCUUACAGAUGCGUGGGAAUGUACUGUAUUAAGAGCUUCUUCCAAGAGAUGUGAGUGGGGUAAUGCAUAACAUCUAGAACUUAGGACUCGUCUGUGGGUUGUCCAACUAGGAAGGCCCUGACUAUUAGAAGCAAGAUGCCUAUUAGUGCUGGUUUAGUUCAGUUAUGAUAACAUUGUCAACAUAGCAUUUUGUACAAAACAAUGGGGGAAGGCGUACUGGUUCUUCUCUCAGGCAUCAAACUGUUUUCAAGUGCUAAUGUUGUUUUCCUUGUAGCCUCGCCAUUGAGAAAAUCUGCCACAUCUGUUAUUUUCUGUAGCUGUGAAGGACCUGUAGCAUCUGUGCCCCGCUCCUGUUAACACCUAAAAGCUGUACCAGUGUCGUGCUGCAGCACUGCUCUCCUCCAGGGGCUGCUCUCCUGCCUGUUGCUUUAUGCCAUUGUUCUCUUCAGAUUCUGUUUUCUGUUUCUGACACAAGAUGUGGGCGAGAUCAUAAUUUUUGGCAAAUGUUUUCGUCGCCGUGCUUAGAACUGGAAACAAGCUUUGAAACAGUUGUGUGAAAUCUGUGCUCCUUCAACUGCUGCAGAUGUAGAGAAGAAAAAAAGGUUCCCCACGCCUUUAUUAGCAUGUCAGUUGCAGUGUACAUAUGCUCAAUUACAUGUCCGAAGUUCAAUAAAACCAGUAUGUGAGUAA